AUGACGGCUCGAGAUGCCGCGUUGGUGUUGUUGUUGGACUCGCUGGCAAUGCUACCGCUACCGCCUGCGUUUUGUACGAUGAUGUGCGGAUGCACUCGGGGGAGCAUGGUGGAGAGCGGGCGGGAGCUCAGCCUCCUCGAUGAGUUUAUCAGGAGAGAAUUGCAACUUGUCGCCGGCGUCGUCACCGUCCGGCAACCCCUUGGUAAAACCCGGGACCUGACUUCCAAGAGGAGAGACAAAGACCCGACGCAGCUUUAG